AUUUGUCACAGGAAAUUAUCCCUCUCCGGAAAUAUUUGCCAUUUCUCGCUCUACAGUUCACGCGUUCCACUUCUUCCACUUGUGCGUGUUUUCUACAAGUAUUUUACCAGAUUGGAGUGAAUAAGCAGUAGAAUCUUUGAUCGAUCAAUUUGAAAUCGAAAUGAAUUUGAUGGAUUCUUCUCCUCCACCGCCUUCCGAUUCUUCUUCAUCGCUGCCAAGUACCGCCGCGCCACCGGCGGAGCAAAAGCAGGAAGAAAGGGUAAAGGAGAUGGUGCACAAGACUAAAGUGAUACAAUUCUUGGGAAGGACCACGCCAAUUAUUCUACAAAAUGAUAAUGGGCCAUGUCCUCUCCUCGCUAUCUGUAAUGUUCUUUUGUUGAAGAACAGCUUGAAUUUGAGUCCAGAUAUUGCAGAGGUUUCUCAGGAGAAAUUGCUUUCACUUAUUGCUGAUCGGUUAUUUGAUUCAAACAGUAACAUCAAUGACAAAGAUGCUGGAUAUGCUGAAAAUCAGCAACAGAAUAUUGCUGAUGCAAUUGAUUUGCUUCCUAGACUUACUACUGGCAUUGAUGUAAAUAUAAAAUUUACAAGAAUUGAUGAUUUUGAGUUCACUCGGGAGUGUGCAAUAUUUGAUUUACUGGACAUUCCACUCUAUCAUGGAUGGAUAGUUGAUCCCCAGGAUUAUGAAACCAUGGAUGUUAUUGGGUCCAAAUCAUAUAAUACUCUCAUGGGGGAGCUUGUUUCUUUGGAAGCUCAAACUAUGAAGAAUGAAUAUAAGCAGAAUCUUGUAGAUGAUUCAGUUGAUUUUGUUGCUGCAACAACUGCAGCUUUGGGAGUACCUUCACCGUCUCUCUCAAGAGGUCGAUCCUUUGAUGAUUCUGCCUGUUCAGAUUCCCCUCACUUAAGAGCAAGAAAGGGGGACAUUGAAGAAGAAGUGGAGCUUUUGAUAGCCUUGAAAUUAUCAGAGGCUGCAAUGCCUAAAUCAUCAGCUGAUAAUGUGCCUAAUGAUGAAUUCAUGAGUUUUACCGAAAGUGCAUGCAAUAAAAAGUCUGAAUUGGUUGUUUGUCCAGAAACAGUGGAGGAGGUCGUUGAUCAAACUGUAAAUACUCUUGAGCAUGGAACAUUGAAAUGUGUUGAAAGCAAUGCUUUGAGCUAUCGAAACAAUGAUGCAACAUUUCCUGAAACAGUUACGGAGGAAGAUACUCUAACGCAGAGCAACUGUGUCCUACCAACCUCUGAAGAAUCCAAAGAAAAUUGUAAAAAUGUAGUUGAAAAAACUGGUUCUGAGAUGCAUGUUGAGAAUGAACAUGUUCAACCUGUGUCUUCCGAGCAAGAUCCUGCAAUUGCUAUUGAUAGUGUUGUAUUUAAAUCCACAAGGAAUGAGCAUGUUCAUAAUGAAGUUACUUCCACAUCUGAUGCGGAUGUGUCAAGAAAUCAUCAUAAUAGUUGUGAGACAAGAGAUUCUUCUGAGUUGUUGACUUCGCCUGCAGAUUUGAAUCCACUAAGCAGUCAAAUUCGCAAGACUGAUGACCCUGAAACCUUCAAGUCGGGCAUUGGCAGUGAACCCAUAUAUGAAGGUGAGGAGAGCAUACUGGAGUCAGGAACUACAAUUUAUGAAGAUCGAGAGCCUGUAUAUGAAGGUGAAGUAAUUCUUUCAGGACACGUGGAUAAAAGAAGCAUUAAUGAUGGCGACCAGACUUGCAAGGAUAUAAUGACUGCAAAACAAGGGGAAUUGAUAAGAAACUUCCUGAGGAACAGUGCCAGUCAGUUGACCAUAUAUGGCUUAUUUUGCUUAAAGGAUAAAGUGAAAGAACGGGAGUUAUGCGUUUUUUUCAGAAAUAAUCAUUUCAAUACAAUGUUUAAGUAUGAAGGUGAAUUAUAUAUCCUAGCUGCUGAUCAAGGAUACAUAACUCAGCCUGAUCUGGUCUGGGAAAAGCUGAAUGAGGUGAAUGGGGACACCUUGUUUAUGACAGGCAACUUUAAGGAAUUCAAAGUGGAAGACCAUUCGAACAGCACAUGGCAUGAACAGAAUGCCGUUGAAAGUACUGCAGACUAUUUGCCUAGCAUUGAUGGCGGUUCUCAAGAAAAUUUGACUUUCAGUUCUGAUUUGCAAUUAGCAAUGGCUCUUCAACAACAGGAAUUUGAGCAACAGCAACCACAGCGUAGUUCUCAGCAACAGCAACCGCAGCAUAAUGCACAGCAACCUGCCAUUGCUGGUGGUUCAAGGCUGAUGACUGGUCCCCCGGUUCCGAGUAGCACCAAAUAUACAUCUUCGUCUUCCAAACAGGACCCAAAACCAUUGAAGGACAAGUGUAAUGUGAUGUGAUUACGAUAUAAUUCUGUAAAUGUUCAAUGGUUUCUAAUGAAUUCUAAUAUCCAUUUGAGUAAUACUUUCAUUCAGCUUGCUGUACAUAUUAAUAGAACUUCAGUUUUGGGCUCUACAAUAUAGACCUGUUUCUUUCCAUUUGUUGAUGUUUCUCAGUUUAGUCAUUUGGCAGUGAAAUAA